UGACAGAAUCCAAAUCCAAUGAAAAUUCAAAAAUAAUAUAAAUCAUAGAUUUAUAAUAAAUAAUAUAGACCAAUAUUAUGAAACAGUAACGAAAAAAAUAACAUGGCGACCAAAACUAUUGCAAGUGCCACUGUGAGGGCUGUGAAGAAGCGAUUGCUGCCUGCUCGUGCUGCCCUGGUGCUCACUUCCUCGGCAGUAAACAAGAUCAAGGAAAUAAUGGCCAAAGAAGAGGCUAAAGGAUUCAUCGGGCUGAAAGUGGGUGUCCGGCAAAGAGGUUGCAAUGGACUCUCCUACACACUGGAUUAUGCUAAGACUAAAGAGAAAUUAGAUGAAGAAGUGAAACAGGACGGAGUCACGAUUAUUAUAGAUAAGAAGGCACAGUUAACAUUAUUAGGUACUGAAAUGGACUUUGUAGAGAAUAAAUUAUCAGCAGAGUUUGUGUUUAACAACCCAAACAUCAAGGGCACCUGUGGAUGCGGAGAAUCCUUUAGUAUAUAGAAAAUACUAGAUAAGAAGGCAUUCACGCCAACAGUAAUCAAUUAGAGAAGUUAAAGAAAUAAUGUUUAGCACAAUCUCGUACAUACCUCGUACCUGUUCCUAUCUCUAUAGCACUGUGUUCAGUUAGCAUUCGUAAUUUAACAUCGUUUGAUGCAAAAAAAAACGGUUCUGGCGCUCGCCGCUCGCUGGCCGCUGCCGCGGCGCACAUGCUCGGCUUCUCGCACUGUUUGGUUGCAGUUCACCUAAUACGCUCCUCCUCGCUUCGCUCGUCGUCGCACCUAUCUAAAAUAGUCCGUGUAAAACAAAGCGUCUCCGCGCAGGGUGAAUGGCACGAACGGGUUUGUAUUCCAUCCCCCCCACACACCCCCACCACCAAAUCCUGCGGCUCUAUUCCUACCUGACAUCUCAGGUAGCAACAGGCGGGUCAAUGUACGAGAUUCUUAACUUUAACAAUAUUUUAUCUCAAUAGCCAUUUAACAGUGUUGAGCAGGUAUUCUGUAUCCAACAGUAGCAAAUAAAAAAAAUCUGUAAUGAGUAGACUUCUUAGGGUCGGUUGCACCAAACCGUCUGUCACCGAUUUACCGUUCGCUAAAUUUUAUUGUAUGGAAAGUUUCAUAGUUCUAUGCUGCUUGGCGUUAAUCAGUCCGUUAAUUGUGGUAGGUGCAACUGGCCCUAAGUCUUCUUAGACAGCUUGACUGAGGAUCAACACUUUAAUGUUCCAGCCAAUUAGAUACCUACAUUUAUCUUGCAAACCAUAGGUGCUGCAGGAAAUUUUCUAAAUUAAAAUUAUAACAAAAUCAUGCUCAUCUAUAUCUAUUUGAGUUUAUAAUCAGUAUAGUAUUCUCAUUUACAGAACAUCUCAUAAACUACAUUAUAUUAGUCUGAGAUCAUGAUUGCAAUCUUAUUUGGCGCAAAAAUUAGUUGUAUGUUAAACCAACAUAGUUGGCAAUUCAAUGUAUAUUUUUGUAAUAUAUACAUGUAAGUUAUAUGCUUAGCUGUAGUAAAAAAAAAGGCAGUUAGUUAAUUUAUCUGUUUUUUCUGAACUAAUAAAUAUAUGAUAUUGAA